AUGGCGAUGGACGAUCUUAAUCUCAAUAACCACCUAGCGGACUCUCUGGACUCCCGUGCAUACUGGCCUGAGAACGUCAGUGAGCCUGCCGUGGCGGCGACUCUCCUCGACCACCUGAAUGGCCAGUCACACUUGACUUCCGGAGACGAUACCCCAGCUCAGCAACCUUUUGAUGCACUCCCGCCGUACAUUAAAGCACUCCCCAGUCAUUUCGAGCAGGACGAUGUCACGUAUCUUCGCAAUAAGGGAGCGCUGGCUGUUCCUCAGCUGCUCCUGCGUGAUGAACUCAUACAAAGCUACGCCAACUACGUGCAUCCGUUUAUGCCGCUGCUCGACCUCGGCGACUUCAUGCGCACUGUCCGCGACAGCAAUGCACGUUUGAAACCCAUCAGCCUCUUGCUGUUCCAGGCGGUGAUGUUCGCCGGUAUCGCUCAUGUUCCACUCGAUGUGCUGAAACAGAAUGGCCAUGCUUCGCGACGAGAUGCGCGUCGAGCCUUCUUCAAUAAAGCUCGUCUAUUGUACGACCUUGACUACGAGGAUGACCCAAUGGCGACGGUACAAGCACUACUAUUGAUGACAUAUUGGAGGGAAGAUCCAGCUGGCCGUAAAGAGACUCAUCACUGGCUAGACAUCGCACUCUCGCUUGUGCAGAAGCUUGGUCUGCAGCACAGCGCGGAUGAGUCUAGUGCCACGGAACACUCCCUAAGUGGACUCCGUCGAAGAAUCUGGUGGUCAGCUUACGUGCGCGAUUGCCAAAUUUCCCUAUCUACAGGUUAUUCGACACGAAUCUCGGAGAUGGAUUUCACUAUGCCCAUGCUGCAAUAUAUCGAUUUCGAGGCUGACAGUCUACCUGGAAGCUUUCCUUCAAGCGUCCCUGGGGCAUGUUCGCAAAGCAGUGAAAGCCGACAACUAUUAGCCAAUAUGUUCAUAGACCUGGCGAAACUGGCCCUUUGUACCAGUUACAUCCUAUCGAUCCAGAAUGGCGUAGCCGGCUCUCGCGGAAGCAAGCACACGGCGACAGUCAUAGCUAACACUUUCGAUUCAGACGUCAAUGAUCACACCUCUGAGCAGGUCUUGACAGCUUGGAAGGAAUCGAUUGCCGAACAAUCGAGAUAUCUCGUGCCGGCGAGACAAAUGGUGGAAUCUGGCGACAGUCACGUCCUAGUGCAUCGCGCUUUCCUGCACAUGACAUACAACUCCCUUCUGUUUGCUGUCCACCGCUUCCCAUUGCAACAAGAGGAUUUCUCCACCCCGGCAAGGAUUGCGGCUGCCUCCCAAGCUGUUAUCCGAGUCGCAGCAACAAAUAUAUGCGCAAUAGCGUCUGCGCUCGAGGACCUGGACUUGCUUCGCUACUUGCCCUCUCCAACCAUAACUGUGCUUCUGCCUGCAAUCAUGAGUCACCUAUCAGACGCACUGGCACCAGCAAGUUCUCUUCACCAUUGGAGUCUGAAACAGUUCCAUCGAUGCAUGCAGUUCAUGGCAGCGCUCAGAGACAUGUACGCAGCUGCUGAUUACUCAACGGCUUUCCUACAAUGCGCUAUAAUGCGUGCACCUAUUGGGCCGGAGCGAGUGCACGUGAGCAACACGCGUGAACGGCGUGGUUCGAUGAUUACAGCUCCGGUACAAGACUCCGUCUCACCAUUUCCGCCACGUCGAAGCACCUCGAUUCAAGAAGUAGAUUCCACGGACCUCAUGGCUACAAAAGCUCGACGCGCGAACUCACAGACCAGUCCACUUUCUACAAGCACUCCCGACAACUUGCAGCUCAGCAGCUUGAUGACGGAAUAUGGCUACCUGAUGCCCACCCCGGUGCCUUUUGCUGGAGAUGAAGAUCUCUUCACAACGCUACAUGAGAGCGAAAAUCAACAAAUGUUCAGUCCAGGAUGGUUCUUGAGUGGCAGUGCCAACACAGAUUUACAUUAG